CGGAAGCGCCCGGCCCUGCCAGCAAUGGACACAGCUCUCGCAGUGAGUUCUACACAUCAAAGGCGUCACGGCUAUUCUUAUUUGCCGACGUGAUCCGCAAUGAGCGAAGAAAGACCAUCACUACAUGAGGCCGCCGUACAGUCUGGGACGAAGCCGAGGACGCGGCAGCGCGUGUACAAGGCUCCCCCACCUUUGGACGUGCCAGACAUAGAGGACGAUGCCGCGGAGAGAAAACGUAUCUUGAAUGUGCUGGCACAGAGGAGAUACAGAGAAAAGAAGCGCCUCCGACGGUCAGGCAAGGACGGCCGCCAGGCCAGAGGCUCGACAUCCAAGACCGCAGAGCCGUCAACAACGGCGGUAGACGACAUCUCGGAGGAAAUUGCAGAGGACGCAAUCGAGACCGUCUCGUCGUCUCCGCUAAUUUCCACCACUACUGCCGGGCUCGCAAUCGGAAUCGGCGUCGACCUCGGGCUCGGGAACUGGGACCCCUUGAACGACCCGGCUCUGUCAUCCAUACUGCCCGAAACGGAGUCGUUACCAGGCUUCCUGACAGACGAGACAUCGGCAGAGGAAGGCUUCACCCAGUCCAACGACUUCAAUGCGGUGCCGGGUAUCAUAUCCGACAUGUUCCCCCCUGCCGUCUUCAACACCUCACCGUCCUCCUUUGACACCACGUCCAGCACGUCGUCGUCGGACAUGAGUUUCCCUGAUACAUAUCUCCUCCCCGUGCAUGAGCUCACCCUCCUGCGCGCCAUGUUGCGCAUCGCCAACCGCAUCGGGUGCAAGGAGCAGCUCUGGAGCCUCGACGCCCUCUCGCCCUUCAACCGCGGCAACGCCACGCCCCUCGAGCAGCUACCCGUAGCAUGGCGCCCAACAGCCUCGCAAGUACUCGUCCCGCACCACCCUUUGCUCGACUUCUUGCCAUGGCCGGGCGUGCGCGACCGCAUCAUAGGCAUCAUGUCUCUUCCCGACGAUGCCCGCCCGCCCAACGCCGUGGGCCCGCUCGCGCUCGUCAACUUUGCAUACGACUUCGAAGACAACGCGGAGGGUGUGCGUAUCUACGGCGCGGACCCCUACGACCCCAGCUGCUGGGAAGUAGGGCAAGUCUUAUUCGAACGCUGGUGGUUCAUCUUUGACCGGAACGUUAUUGAGAACAGCAAUCGCUGGCGUCGGCUCAGAGGCGCGCCGCCGCUGGCGUUGAAGGGGAGCGAGAGUAGUGAGGCUCCUGUCGGUGGCCUUGGAGCAGCCAUGACAAUGUAAUGCGAGACGGCAUUCUACUGGUGAAUCCGCGUACAGAACCUGUUGUCGACACAAAGUCUGUUGACACAUAAUAAUACACCAGGUGCAACGCGGUGCAUCUCGACGAGUCUGUCGCGAUCAAGAUUCAAUUUGGUACCUACCACGAAUUGUCGACGCACUAGGACUGAACACAAACGUGAAUAUCGUAUCGGGCACGGAACGGUCAAUAUGUAGUAUCUCCCGUAUGUUUCCUCAACAUUCGACCAUAAACGCCUCGCUAUGCUACAAGCCUUUUCGCAAGCUAAUAUCGUAAUCCGGCCACUGGCUUUAUACAGUACAUGUUCACCAGUCUCGGACGCUUUACCUGUCCGAGCCCCACACAUUAUGAAACUCGUCAGUAUCCGAGACCUGGU